CCGCAUGAUAAAUCGCUGAUGAUAGACAGCUGAAGACCUACCAAGCGGCAAGCAAGUAGUUUAAAUUACAUAUUGAUAUUCGUCACUAAUAUUCAUCUGAAAAUCCAGUAUGUCCAGUGAUGGAAACAAAAAGAAAGGAAAAGUACCCGGUGAUAAGAAGACUAAAAGGAAAGCGAAGAGGAGGGAGACCUAUGCAGUAUACAUCUACAAAGUUUUGAAGCAAGUUCAUCCAGACACCGGCAUCUCCAGCAGGGCAAUGAGCAUCAUGAAUUCAUUUGUCAAUGAUGUGUUUGAGAGAAUCGCUACAGAGGCUUCGAGGUUGGCGCAGUAUAACAAGCGCUCGACCAUCACGAGCCGAGAGGUGCAGACCGCAGUCAGACUCCUCCUGCCCGGAGAACUCGCCAAACACGCCGUGUCAGAGGGGACCAAAGCUGUCACCAAAUACACCAGCUCAAAAUGAUUUCAUCGAAUGGGUGGAGGCAUUUCAACUUAAAAAAUAUAAUGUGUAAAGUGGCUAGUGUUUGCAAUCACUUUUCCUUAUUGCUAAUAAAUGUGCACACAGAAAACGCACUGGAGCUGUGCAUUAAUCUUAAGAUUUACCCUUGUGAAUUGUUCAAAUUCAACCUUUUUGUGUUGUUCGUCGAUGAAAAAGCCAUUAAAUUAAA